UAGUCGUAUUCUCGCUCAAAAUGAUCAAGGUCAAGAAACCAAAAGCCAUUGUGCUCGACAUUUGCGACAUUGCCGUCAAGACUGGCUUUAACGAAAAGAAAAUUAUGCCGUACUUUCGCUCACAUGUCAAGAGCUUCCUUGAGGAAAACUGGGCCAAGCCGGAAACUCAGGAAGACAUUGAUUGCAUUCGCAACGAGCCACUCGUGGACGGGGCUCCUAAAAUUCCCGCCAAAAGCGCUGAAAAGGCCGAAGUGAUUUCCGCUGUGCUCAGCUACGUCAACUUUCAAGAGGGCAAAAAGUUGGAGCCCAAAGGAUAUUGUGCGCUCAAGCGCCACGUCAUUUUCUCUGGCUACGACAAAGGUCUUUUGGAGACUUUGGUCUUUAGCGACGUGGCACUUCAGAUUCAAAAGUGGCGUUGUGACAUGCAAAUUCGUCUUUUUGCCGUGUCCAAGGGCUGCACGGAAGCUACCAAGCGCUUUCUCACCGCCACCAACCAUGGCGAUCUGAACCUACUGAUUGAAAGCCACUUUGGAGCUGACAUGGGGCCACUCACUGAAAAGGGCACCUUUGAGAAGAUUCUGGCCAGCAUCAAACAACCGCCGGAAGAUGUCCUCUUUCUCACCAAGUUUUUGGACGAGUAUGUCACUGCCAAGUCGGCCAACAUGGUUGCUGUUCAGCUGGUUUGUCGCCGCCAGGCUGAAGAAGUCAAAGACACCAACGUGCCGGUGAUUCGCGUUCGAUCUCUCAAUGAGCUGCAGUUUGAAUGA